AUGCAUAAAACAAGUCCGAAAUGCAAUAUAAAACUAUGCUCAAACAACGCUGUUCCACCCUCCUCAGUAGUUCACGCUUGUCUUGGUCCAUCCUUGGCACAAAUAUUUUUCGAUUACGCUCAUCAUGAUACGAUAAAGUUGUUGGACUUAUUGACAUCUUCAAAAAGAUCGAAAGCAUGUUUCUCAGACACAUCCUAUGAUCAUUUACGUGAAAGCACAUUUUUACCGCCAACAGAUAAUCAAAUCACAAAAGCAUUCGUUCAUCAAAAUAUACUAGAAAUAGGCGAAACCAUCUUGCAACGUGUUAAAAAGCAAAUUGAAGAGAGUCUGAGAGAAAAAAUAGAGAGGCAAUCACGCGAGAAAUUUUAUAUGUACCAAGCGAAAAAAAGGCGGGAAAUCGAGCUGAUUACGCAACAAAUGCACGAGAAAUAUGAGGAAUAUAUUGAUGUUGUUCGGGAAGAGUUAGAGAAACAACUUGAAAUAGAAUGGUCGAUAGUGGCCGCAGAGUGUGCCAAGAACACUCAAAAAGCAGUUGUGCAAGAACGAAUAAAAGUAGUAAACGAAAUGAUGGGAAAAAUGCGUGCGGAAAUGACUUACGUUGUACAGUCACUAUAUAAAGAAUUUGAAGAAUCGUUUUGCGCACAAAGAGACACUAUAAUUGCCGAUUUUAAUCAAAUCAUGAGGUCGAAGCAUGUACAAUUAAAAAAAGAAAUGCAAGAGUUCGAAGAGAAAGUAAGCAGAGAAUUGCACGUUCAGAAGCGUCAGUUUGAAAUGCAGAACACUACAGAUAUAAUUUAUGUUUUGUGCUUGGAAAGGCAACGAAGUAACAGGGAAAAGCACACCCUGCAUAAAUACUUUCAGCAACAAAUCAAAGGAUUCCACGAUUUGAUCGUUCGCCUGGAUCAUGUAAUUGCCGCUAUUAGGGAAGAAAUUGUUAAUUGUCACGCGGAGAAGAAAUUAUUGGAGGAACAACUUUCCAAUGUUACUAAACAUUUUCAGAAGUUUAUUGAUUUCACGUUUAAUGCUAUGCCAGGGCAAGCUGAAUUUUUGUUACCAUUAGAGUUACAACGAUUGAUUAAUUUAAACAACAAUAAAGAAGAAAAAAGUAAAGAAGCAAAAAAUUAG